AUGAUGGACAGCUGGUUAUGUAAACGGCGAUUUCAGUGUGUUGGCUUCUUCUGCAUUCUGGCAUUAAUGACAGAGUCGCUCACUUCUAUUGUUCACGGCUUCAAUUUCUACAAGGAAAUCAAGGGUCAAGCUUUUCUCCUCAGUCUACUGACGUGCGCUUUAGUUGCUGACAUAGUGUGCAUAAAGGCCUUCUAUGACGAGCAGUCGAGGAAGUAUGUGGUGUCGAUGGGGCUGGUGAAGGAGGAGGGCUCGUGCUUCUUCAACAUUUACGCAGCACAACGACUGAAUGAUCUGCCUGAACAGUGCAUUUGUUUGUCGGAGUUGGUGCACUUUCCCGUUCAAGUUGUUUACACAUACUUCAUGUCACCAACAACGAGGGCACUGCAAUGGGCGUUUCUGUUGUCAACGUCGGGGUCGUUGCCGCCGCCGCUGGAUUUGAAUGAGAAAAGCUCGACUGCGGCUCCAGUGCAAGUAUAUACGAGGUUGGUGGAUGCAGCGCUGUGCAAGGUAGGGAGUGUGCUACUUUACCUUACGAUGCUAUGA